CUCGCUGUGGCAAGUUGAGAAGAUUGGGGAAGGGGUGUACUCCUUCCCGCCAAACGCUCUGAGUUUCUGGGCUUGGCCUGCUCAGGUAGAGCACGUUCCGGGUUUUGCAAACUCACCUCCGGGGAAGGAGCAGAGGGAAGAGGGGAGAAGCGGCCUGAACGACUGAGCUUGCAUCGGAGCGGGCUGUCACUCGGGGAAGUUCUUUGGGGAAACGCGUCGGAACGGUGGCUUCUUGCGGGAGCGGACUGACUUCUUUAGUGCCUAGAGUCUGAGGAAAAUGGCAAAUAUGGAUAGUGAUUCUAGGCAUCUUCUCAUCCCUGAGGGAGAUCAUGAAAUAAAUCCUGGACCUAUGAAUAUCCAGUUUGAUUCAUCAGAUAUAAGAUCUAAAAGGCCUUUCUAUAUAGAGCCCACAAACAUCGUCCGUGUGAAUGAUGUCAUUCAGAGGGUUAGCGACCAUGCCUCUGCCAUGAACAAGAGGAUUCAUUACUACAGCCGGCUCACCGCUCCUGCAGACAGGGCACUGAUUGCUCCAGAUCAUGUAGUUCCAGGUCCAGAAGAGUGCUAUGUGUAUAGCCCGUUGGGUUCUGCUUAUAAACUUCAAAGUUACACUGAAGGAUAUGGUAAAAACACCAGUUUAGUAACCAUUUUUAUGAUUUGGAAUACCAUGCUGGGAACAUCUAUACUAAGUAUUCCUUGGGGCAUAAAACAGGCUGGGUUUACUACUGGAAUGUGUGUCAUCAUGCUGAUGGGCCUUCUAACACUUUACUGCUGCUACAGAGUAGUGAAAUCAAGAUCUAUGAUAUCAUCAGUGGAUACCACUACCUGGGAAUAUCCAGAUGUCUGCAGAUACUAUUUUGGCUCCUUUGGGCAGUGGUCAAGUCUCCUUUUCUCCUUGGUCUCUCUCAUUGGAGCAAUGAUAGUGUAUUGGGUGCUGAUGUCUAAUUUUCUUUUUAAUACUGGAAAAUUUAUUUUUAAUUUUAUUCAUCACAUUAAUGACACAGACCCUAUACCGAGUACCAACGAUAGCAACCCUGUGAUUUGUCCAAGUGCCAGGAGCGGUGGCCAUCCUGACAACGGCUCCAUGAUUUUCUAUGCCGGUGACUCGGGACUCCAACAGUUUGAAAAGUGGUGGAAUAAGUCCAAGACAGUGCCCUUUUACCUCAUAGGGCUCCUUCUGCCACUGCUUAAUUUCAAAUCUCCUUCAUUUUUUUCAAAAUUUAACAUCCUAGGCACAGUGUCCGUUCUCUACUUGAUUUUUCUCGUCACUUGGAAGGCUAUUCGCUUGGGAUUUCAUUUGGAGUUUCACUGGUUUACACCAACAGAAUUUUUUGUCCCAGAGAUAAGAUUUCAGUUUCCACAACUGACUGGGGUGCUUACCCUUGCUUUCUUUAUUCAUAAUUGUAUUAUCACACUCUUGAAGAACAACAAGAACCAAGAAAACAAUGUGAGGGAUUUGUCCAUUGCUUAUAUGCUGGUGACAUUAACUUAUCUCUAUAUUGGAGUCCUGGUUUUUGCUUCAUUUCCUUCACCACCAUUAUCCAAAGAUUGUAUAGAGCAGAAUUUUUUAGACAACUUCCCUAGCAGUGACAUCCUGUCCUUCAUUGCAAGGAUAUUCCUGCUGUUCCAGAUGAUGACUGUGUAUCCACUCCUAGGCUACUUGGCUCGCGUUCAGCUAUUGGGUCAUGUCUUCGGUGACGUUUAUCCUAGCAUUUUCCACGUGUUGAUUUUUAAUCUGUUCAUUGUGGGAGCUGGAGUGAUCAUGGCCUGUUUCUACCCAAACAUAGGAGGAAUCAUAAGGUAUUCAGGAGCAGCAUGUGGCCUAGCCUUUGUAUUCUUAUACCCAUCUCUCAUCUAUAUAAUUUCCCUCCACCAAGAAGACCGUCUCACAUGGCCUAAAUUAAUCUUUCACGUUUUCAUCAUUAUUUUGGGCCUGGCUAACCUGAUUGUUCAGUUUUUUAUGUGACAUAGUCAACUGCCUUCUCAACAUCUUUCAUGGUAUUUUGAACUUUGACAACAGUUCCACAUAAAUUCACUUGUAAAUGCCGUUCUUGCUGUGACUAUAAAUGUUUUCCUAAGCUCAUUUGAUAACAAGGAAAUAAGGGUCCAUUAGUAAGUAAUUAUUAUUAGAGUGGGGAAAAGGGCAGUAAGAGUGGUCUUAAUCUCUUUACUGUUCUCAUGUUCACUCAUCUCUUCAUUCUCACUGUCUUUUCCAAGUGGAAACAUAUGCCUCUAGGAAAAAUCAUGCUAGGUUUUACUUGUAGAGAUGUAAGGUGGGUAGGUUCAUUUUGGCUACAGUAGAUUCUCAGGGUGUCACAGCAACUGUAUUGCCAGAUCCCAUUUCUAUUUUGUUUCAGUGAUUCAGUUUCAUUUUAUUACUUGCUAGAUCAUUUCUGCAGUUUGCCCAAACCUUUACUGUUUUGGACAGUAAACCAAAUACCUCAUUUUAAAAAAGUGUCCAUGACGUCAGUGUUAGUAGAGAGAAUUCUUAUGUGAGUCCUUAAUAUCUGUUUUAAAAACAGGAAAAAAAUUCUACAAUGUCAAUACAGAUCCCAUGGUUGUGAAAGUUAUACAAAAUAAAGAAACUAGGAGAGUU